UUGUGUGGGGUUAGUGCUGACCGUUUAGGAGAAAGUCUAUGGCUUGAAGUGUCCUGGCUGCCAUCAUGAGCGUAGUUGCACUCUUAGGGGGGUUUUGUCUUGCUCCAAGGUUAAUGACCAUGAUGAAGAGGAGGUUAGAUGCAGCAGAUGAGGCGUCAGGAAGAAAGAAAGCUCGACGGGAAGAGGCCAGCUCAGAUGAAGAUGAGGAGUCAUCUCAGAGAACCACUAGCCAGGAUUCCAGUCAGAGCGAAUCUCUCAGUGAUGCUGAAGAUCACAGACCCAGCUUCUCCAAACCAACAGCAUCCCAGAAUUCUCAGAGCAAUGAUGCCACUGAGGGUUCCUCCAGAUUCUCCAUGUACAACAGUGUCUCUCAGAAACUCAUGGCCAAAAUGGGUUUCAAAGAAGGCGAGGGUUUGGGUAAGUUUGGCCAGGGCCGGAAGGAGAUUGUGGAAGCAUCCACUCAGCGAGGGAGGCGCGGUCUCGGGCUGACCCUGCAGGGCUUUCAGGGAGAACUCAAUGUGGAAUGGCAGGAUGAACCUGAGCCCAGUGCUCUUGAAGAAGUAUCAUGGUUUCCAGAAUGUUCUACAGAGAUUCCGGAUGCUGAUGAGCUGAGUGACUGGAUGACUAUGGGCGAGAGUAAGAUGAAGAUUGAUGAUGAGACGGCGUUCUGUUCAGAGGAUCUGUUACAACUACUGCUACGCUGCAAGAGUGUAUUUGAUGAUCUAGAAGGUGAAGAAAUGAGGCGAGCUCGCACACGAUCCAACCCGUAUGAAACUAUACGUGGAGCUUUCUUUCUCAACAGAGCUGCUAUGAAGAUGGCGAACAUGGAUCAUGUGUUUGACAACAUGUUCACCAACCCAAAGGACGGCCAAGGGAAACCCCUGGUGCGUGAUAAGGAGGGGGAGUUGCUGUAUUUUGGGGACGUGUGUGCCGGGCCCGGAGGAUUCUCGGAGUACGUUCUGUGGCGGAAGCGCUGGCAUGCGAAAGGAUUCGGCAUGACUCUAAAAGGAGCGAAUGAUUUCAAACUGGAGGACUUCUACGCUGCACCCAGUGAACUCUUCGAACCCUAUUAUGGUGAAGGUGGGGUAGAAGGUGAUGGUGACAUCACACGUCCAGAGAACAUCACUGCAUUUCGUAACUUUGUUUUGGAGAACACGGAGAGGCGAGGCUUACAUUUCCUCAUGGCUGAUGGGGGUUUCUCAGUGGAAGGGCAGGAGAAUAUUCAGGAGAUACUCAGCAAGCAACUCCUACUGUGUCAGUUCCUCGUGGCCUUGUCUGUCGUUAGAACAGGAGGACAUUUUGUGUGCAAGACAUUUGACUUGUUCACACCGUUCAGCGUGGGUCUGAUCUACCUGCUUUAUCUCUGCUUUGAGAGAGUCUCGCUCUUUAAGCCAGUCACCAGUCGGCCUGCCAACUCCGAGAGGUAUGUGGUGUGUCGGAGUCUGAAGCCAGGCUCUGAUGCAGUGAGAGAGUACUUAUUCAAUGUAAAUCUGAAGCUGAACCAGUUCAGACACUCUGAGAGAGACGUCACCGAUGUGGUGCCACUGGACAUCAUCAAAGGAGACACAGAUUUCUAUCAAUACAUGGUCCUGUCCAAUGAGAGCCACUGCAGAGUGCAGAUUAAAGCUCUGUCUAAAAUCCAUGCCUAUGUCAGAGACACGACAUUAUCUGAGCCCAGACAGGCUGACAUUCGUAAGGAUUGUCUCAAACUGUGGGGGAUUCCUGAUCAAGCCAGAGUUACUCCUUCUUCCUCUGACCCUAAAUCCAAGUUUUAUGAACUUGUUAAGGGUUUGGACAUUGAUAGCUUUAACUCCAGGCCGACACCCCUGAACUCCAGCACUUUGGAUAGACUGCAGCAUGUGCUGGACCAUCGAUGUAUCGUUGGAGGGGGAGAGCAGAUCUUUCUCCUGGGACUUGGGAAAUCACAGAUCUACACAUGGGAUGGCAAAGCCCCUCUGCGCUGGAGGAAGCUGGAAAACUUUAAGUUGGAGCUGCCUAGAGACACCCUGCUGAGUGUGGAGAUUGUACAGGAGCUGAAGGGGGAGGGUAAAGCCCAGCGCAGAAUCAACGCUGUACAUGUUCUGGAUGCUCUUGUGCUGAAUGGCACUGAUGUGAGAGAGCAGCAUUUCAACCAGAGGAUUCAGAUGGCAGAGAAGUUUGUGAAAGCUGUUUCCAAACCUAGCCGGUCAGACAUGAACCCAAUAAGAGUCAAAGAGGUCUAUCGGUUGGAAGAGAUGGACAAAAUUUUUGUAAGGUUGGAAAUGAAGGUGACCAAGAGUUCAGGUGGAAUGCCGCGACUUUCCUACACAGGCCGAGAUGACCGCCAUUUUCUGCCCAGUGGCCUCUAUAUCAUCAAAACAGUCAGUGACCCAUGGACGAUGGCAUUCAGUAAGAGUUCAAAGAAGAAGUUCUUUUUCAACAAACAGACAAAAACAUCAACCUAUGAGAUGCACCCUAGCGCCGUAGCCCCGUUUCAUGUGUGUCAUCAUGACAGGCUGUUUUGGGCAUGGGAAGAAGGAGUCAGAGUUCAUGAUUCCCAAACCCGUGUUGAUCCUGAGAAACUCUCCAAAGACCAUGUUCUUUCGUUUAUCCACAAACACUGUCAGCAGUGGUAGACGUGAGACUGAGAUCGAAGCGCUGAAGCUUCUCUCUGCCAGCAGAGGGUGCUGUAGUUCACAGAAGAGGGAGUGUAAUAAAAUGCAUGGUGUUUUAUACUUGCUGUGAUAAAGCUUUACAGCAUUUUGUCCUCCAGAAGCCUAAUAUAUCCUCACAUCCUGUGUCUGGCAACAGCCUGUAGUGAAAAUGACAGUGAAGUUAUGAAUUAUUUCUUCACUCUGUCAGGUUUUCACAUCGUGGAUGUGGAUAGCUGUAGCGUUUAGCCUCUAUAGACUUGACUCUGCAGUCCUGCAGUGCCUGAUGCAGCCAGAAAAACUAGAAACGUGCUGCCUCCAAACUCCAGCUUCUCUUCAAAUAAUACAGUGCAUGACCACAGGAGUGUACAUUUCCUCUUCUGUGUGCUUGUGUGGUGGUGUGGCCUAUUGCCUUCCCCUUUUCUUCAGUUUUGUUUGCUUGUAAAUGUUUAAAUGAGGCAGGCGUCUUCGCUUUGAUUUCUAAGAGUUUCAGAAACGCCUUUGCAUUUUUAAGCCUGUCGCUGACUUUGAUAAUAAUAUAAAAACUACUGAGGUAUUUUCAGCCUCUGUUGAA